CCUGCGCCAACAAACGACAACACCAGCAUACCCAAGCCGUACUGCAUGCUCUAGCUCACUCCAGAGCUCUAGACCACUUCGAAUCCAGCUCACUCCAGCGACCAUGGAUCACCUGGAUUACUUCGGGUCCACGGGCAUGGACGCCGUCUGGACGGGGACGUCUUGCGGCUGGCCGGCGGCCGCGGCGACGACGGGCGGGGAAGAGGCGGUGGACCAAAACCUCCGGAGGGGGCCGUGGACGAUGGACGAGGACGCGCUCCUUGCCGGCCACAUCGCCAAGCACGGCGAGGGCCGGUGGAACGAGCUGGCCUGCGCCGCGGGGCUGAGGCGCACGGGGAAGAGCUGCCGGCUCCGGUGGCUCAACUACCUCCGCCCCGACGUCCGCCGCGGCGACUUCACCCCGCAGGAGCAGCUGCUCAUCCUGGAGCUCCACUUCCGGUGGGGCAACCGCUGGUCGAGGAUCGCGCGGGAGAUGCCGGGGCGGACGGACAACGAGAUCAAGAACUACUGGCGAACCAGGGUGCAGAAGCACGCCAAGCAGCUCAGGUGCGACGUCGACAGCCGGCAGUUCCGGGACGUCAUGCGGCACCUCUGGAUGCCGCGCCUCGUCGAGAGGAUCCACGCCGCCGCCGCCGCCGCGCCCGCGCCGAGCAUGGAACGCGCGGCGUCGCCCAUGUACCAUUCGCCUGACACGACGGCGGUGACCACGUCGAGCACGGCCGGUUCAUCGGUGUCUCUCGAGGUGCAGUUCCCAUCGAACCAGCUUGUCUUGACCGCCGGCAGUGCGACGAACUGGUCAGGCUCAGGCAGCGAGCAGUGCGGCAGCGGCAGCGGCAGCGCGAGGAGCGAUGACAUGUUCGACGGGAGCUGGUCGGAGCUCCUCGCUCGUGCGUGCGACGACGGCGCGGACUCUGUGGUGUUCCCGGACUUCGAAUUUGGAGAAUCCAUAGACGACAAGUGGAGCUUGGAAGACAUCUUGUUACAACAGCAGUACUGAACUACUGAUCAAUUAGCAGUACUGUGCUACGUCAACUACCUCGAUUUUGUUAACGGCCAGAUUAAUUGUACUAGUAUGAUCUUCUGGAUUGCUAAUCAACACAGCUAACAAAAUGAAGAGGCACUCUGAAGUCUGAUAUAUGCCUCCUUGUACGGUCAAAGCUAGUAAUACGAAUUAACAUAAGAACACUAGGUGAUAUCCCGCGCGUUGCUACGCAAACUUUUUGUGAUUUUUAUUACCAGUAUAUAGCAAAAAGUUUGAACAAUGUUGUGAUAAAUUA